GCACUCAGCCACACACCACUACAGAGCGCAGUGUGCAGAUCUAUGACGCAUGCGCGCGGCUCGCGUGUAUGACGCAGAGCCCCCUAACCUGAAAAACAAUGCUAAAUGACAGGCUAAACACUUCGCUCCUCGAUGUAGCAACUGGAAUGUGCGACGGCGCCAGUUUACCACCACGACGGCAGCUACAGUAGAGGGGGGCAGGAUGGCGGAGGAGCGGAGCGUCAGUGGCCCCGUGGCAGCCAUCUCUCCAGUGCAGCAGAUGCUGGCCUCUGGCACUGGAGCGCUCCUUACGUCAGUGUUCGUCACACCGCUGGACGUGGUGAAGAUCAGGCUGCAGGCUCAGCAAACGCCGUUCCACCAAGCUUCAGCCUGUGAGUCUGCCCCGUGGGGCGGAGUCGUCCGCCCGUCCAAGUGGAAGUGUUUCCUUUAUUGUAAUGGACUCAUGGAUCAUGUCUACGUGUGUCAGAACAGAACCAGUUGCACCAGCUGGUACAAAACGCCGACACAUUUCAGCGGGACCCUCGACGCUUUUGUGAAGAUCAGUCGCCAUGAAGGACUCAGGUCUUUGUGGAGCGGACUGCCGCCGACACUUGUCAUGGCCGUUCCCGCCACCGUCAUCUACUUCACCUGCUACGACCAGCUGCGAGACUUCCUGAGAUUCGGUCUGGGUUUCCAGGGCAACCACGUGCCUCUUGUGGCCGGAGCUCUGGCCAGACUGGGCGCUGUGACGGUGAUCAGUCCUCUGGAGCUGGUCAGGACGAAGAUGCAGUCCCGCCCUCUGUCCUACGGCGAGCUGCGAGUGUGCAUCCGCUCGGCCGUGGCCCGGGACGGGCUGCUGUCCCUGUGGAGGGGCUGGGGACCCACUGUCCUCCGAGACGUCCCCUUCUCCGCGUUGUACUGGUUCAACUAUGAGCUGGUGAAGGCGCGGUUGUGCGAACAGUCAGGAACUCCUCAGGCCAACUUCUCCAUCAGCUUCACAGCGGGAGCCGUCUCCGGAGCGAUCGCUGCGAUCCUGACGCUGCCUUUCGACGUGGUGAAGACUCGCAGGCAGAUCCAGAUGGGGGAGAUGGACACACGAGCAGUGUCCUUGAAGAGAACCACCUCCACGUGGCACAUGAUGAAGGAGAUCUGGGCUGAGUUGGGCUACAGGGGCCUCUUCUCAGGUUUCCUGCCCAGGGUGAUCAAAGUGGCCCCGGCCUGUGCGAUCAUGAUCAGCAGCUACGAGUUUGGAAAGACCUUCUUCCAGGAGAGGAACCGGGAGCUGUGAAAUGAGUUGAACGUAGCGGACUGUUCUCACCACCGGAGGAGGAGAGACGAUCGAUGAGAAUUCAAACGACUCCUCUCGGGAAGAAAAUUGGUGCAUGUGGGUUAUGAAUUUUAUGCUCUUGAACAUAUAUAUACUACAAGAAUGAGUAAAUAUUUGAGCAAAAACCUGUCGACGUAUGUGAACGCCACUAUCGGUCAUGUACCAAGCGACGUCAGAACUUGUUACAACACUGGGACAUGAAUCAAAUGUUUCUCCUGCCUUUAACUUUGAAGGAGAAAUAGUUAAUUUGUUUAUCCUCUGUUUCGAUUUGUUUUUUAUUAUGAAUGAAAUGGUAAUAAAUUGAAAGAUGGCUUGA